AUGCUCGCGUGGAUGGGACAAGACGCUUCUUCAGGGGAUCGAGUUGAUGGGGUCAGCCGCUUCAGUUCCAACCCCGAGUCCCGUACGAGCAGUCAAGCCACUCCAUUAGAGACCGAGUGCUCAACCGCGAUUUCGUUUUUUCAUUAUCGUCUCCGAUUCGUCGAGAGUACGUGUUCUUGCAGUGCGCUAUACAGAAAUCGAAUCGGGUAAAAACGCAUCCUUCGGCUGAAAACAUCCUUCGAGAAUAAAUACUGUAAACGGUCAAGGUGCAGCCGGUCGAUCGACUGCGAUGGCGGAUCAACGAAUCUUCACCAUUUUUUUCGUGGGAAUAUUAUGGGGAUGCGUAUUAGGGCUACAGAGACCCGCGCCUAGAUAUUCGCAGCAAUUAAUGCCAGACACGUCAUUCACAUGCCAUCAUAAAAUCAUUGGCAGCUACUACGCCGACCCAGAGACUGACUGCCAGCUAUUUCACGUCUGCGUUUCGGUAGCCGGAAGUGUCCAGGACUACCGGUUUUUGUGUCCCAAUGAUACCGCUUUCGACCAGGAGAGCCAAACCUGUGCGGAUUGGUACGACGUGGACUGCGAGGCAGCGACUCUCUACUACGCGAGCGACAAUUUCGAUCUGUACAGACUGGGAUCUGGACUUGAAUCGCGGCGCUAUGACGGAGCACAAAACGAUCUAGAGCCGCUGGAUCACCUGCAGCGCAGCGAGUCUAGCGACCCGGUGAGAUCGUCGGUUAACAAUUUGAACAGGGUUGCCCCUAGCACGAACACGAACAGCAACAACAACAACAACAACAACCGCGACAUUCUGAGGGGAAGCAGCAGCAGCAAUUUCUUCAACAACCGGAACAACGGCAAGGAGGACGAUUACGACAGCGAGAAGGUUUACCGCGAACCAGAACAGAGCCAGGCCGAACCAAGGAGGCAAUCGGGAGUGAGAAAAGUCGCGAGGAAGCAACAGUUCAACAGCAACACUAACAUUAUCACACCGACGACCGCCAGACCGUCGGCAACGUUCGAGAAUCAGAACAGAAACAACAACCAGAACAGCGGUAAUAGCUACAACCAGAGAAAUAACAACCAGAACAACGGUAACUACAACCAGCAGAGAAACAAUAACUACAACAACUUCAACCAGAGGCAAACACAGACCAACAAUUAUCCCACCUCCUCGUCAGCCCGGCCUUACGUCGAACAGACCAACAAUUAUCCCACGUCUUCGUCAGCCCGGCCUUAUAUCUCACAGACCAACAAUUACCCCCGGAAUAACCAGAACAGAAACUACAACACACCGUCGUCGACCUUCAAACCUACGACGACGAACGCGUUCCAAGGCAGCAAUUACAACAACAACAACAACCAGCAAACUGCGGGGGGCUUUGGUAACUUCGACAGCACCAAAUUCGGUGCAACCAAUCAGCAGGCCACAAACUACGGAAGCACAGCCUUCGACCAAACUCCUGCAGUCACGACGACUGUGAGGUCGACGGACUUCGCGGCGAACGUUGCCACCAAGAUUAAGAAGCCCGCCGAGCAAAGCGUCCCAACUUUCACCAACCAGUUCAACCAAUUCUCGACACAACCGACGACUCUGAGACCCAGCACGAGCUUCCAGGCGACUGACUACACCGGUUACCAUCAAAAAAACUACAACACCAUUCAGAGAACGGCGAACACCGGUAGCACCACCUUCCAGACCUCGACUUUCGCGUCCACCUUUUACGACGACUACUCGGUCACCCCGAGAACCAGCGAGCCCCAGGCUGUGAACAAAGUUCAGACCACCAGACAGCAAGACUUUACUCAAACCACGCAGAGGUUCGCCAAUAACUUCGCAGGCAGUAGCUACAUCCCGACGACCUAUAGUCCUGUUACCAAUAAACAGGCUACCAUCGGCAAUACCAAUACCCAAAGCCAGGUGACCAAUCGAGGAAACGACCAGUACACCGGGCAGUACGAAAGCGCCAGAACAACGAACAGUGGCCAGUACCGCGAAAGGAACACUCAGCAGACGGAGCAGACCUACGACACUUCGAGGUCCAACGAUAACAGUGGACAGUAUAACCGCGAAGCGGCUACGAAAGCCCCGAAGAAGGUGGUGACGCAGUACAACAACUAUGAGACUAAGACGAAUUUCGACGGAAGUACCAAGAGCUUCGAAAGCUUCGAUCAGAGCGGAAGAACGGCACCCGUCAACGGAUUCAGCCCCGCCAGUGUCAACAAGCUCGCGGAGAGCCCCGUCACGCUGAGCGCGACGACUCCGGUUCCGAGGACUGUCUACAAUAACCCAACCACUCAGAGGCCAUCGGCGGCUACAGCGACCAAUUACGCUUCGCAAACGACGCCGAAUUCAAGAACUGGAAGUUUCGUCAGUGCGACACCAAGGCCGUUUACUUCCACGACGAGGUCUGUUGACCGGCGUCAAGAAUCUGCCACGGCAAAGUCGAAGACGGAAAAGAAGAAUGACUACGAUUACGCUUACUAUGACAACGCUGGAGCUUUGGAAUACGACGGUGUUGAUCUGGAACAAGUUACCGGCUCAAGGGACACUGCGAAAGUAGCACGAAAUUGAAAUUUAUAAUACGGGUUGUGUAAUGCUUGCGGGAAAAAAUAGUUGGACGCAGAUUUUUCAAUCCAUGAUA